GCAGGGAGAAUUCAGGAGUGUAAGGGAUAUAGAGAUAUAAGGGAUGCAAAAAUGUAAGGGAUGCCGAGGUAUAAGGAAUGCCGGCAUAUACGAGAUGCAGGAAUAUAGGGAAUGUAGUGAUAUAAGGGAUACAGGGAUGUUAAGGAUGCAGACAUGUAAGGGAUGCAGUGAUAAAGGGUUGUGCCUCGUGAGGUCCUUAAAGACAAAAAAAUAAUAAAUAACUGGGAAGGUUGAGCCGAGGCCCAUAAGUCAAAUUUGAACUGAUUAAUUCCCCGUACAUAGCACGGGGCGUUUCACUAGUUUUUAUAAAAUUGAAAUGUUUUACAUACUUUCUGAUAUCUGAAGAUAUCAAACAGUGAGAAAAAAACAACAAGAAUGUAAUUGAACGAAAUACGAUAAACAUCCAAUAAAAGAGUUACCAGUUCAAGCCACGUACGAGCUAAACUGAGAAUUUAAAAGAAAAAAUGGACAAAGAGAUUGAUCGAAUUAACAAAACAAAUUGCAACUUGAUGAAAAAUCAAAACAAGCGCGCAGAACUCAAGGAACCGAUGGAUGAAAAGAAGAUACAAGAAGAUAGACAAUUUAAAGGGAUAGGGUUGAAAGAAAAAGAAAUGAAAGGGGAAGGAGAUAAAAAAGAAGAGGAAGAAGCAUUCACGCCUAGAAAAAAUGCGAUGCUUGGACUCUGUGCUGUUUGCCAUCUUACACUUGGAAAUAUCAAUUCUAAUUUCAAUCACAAUAUUCCUUGUUCCCAAGGGCAUGCCCUGUGUCAACGUUGCGUUCAACAUUUUACAAUCCAAAUAGAUCCAGGUUGCAUUCUUUGUCAUGCGCAAUAUCAACAGUCGAACAUAACUUUAGCGCAAGAAAGUAAUAUCAGCUUAAAUUCCAUAAAAUUACGUCCAAGAAGACCACAAGUUCCACGGUAUCAAUCAGAGUAUCAAUCGAAGCAUCAUCAAUCUAUACAACAACAUGAACAGUCGUAUGUAAAAUCCUGGAAUCAAAAUUAUUCAUCUGUAGCAGAUAAUAUUGAAAGAAAUUCGUUGGAAUGUUAUAACAAUGAUUCUGAAACGAGUUCUGAUUACGAACGAGGCAAUAAUGUUCAAAAAGAAAAAGUCAAAGAUGCUGGUAAACGAAACCAACAAUAUAGUCAGUGUAAUUUAUAUGAGAAAGGAAAUGCGGAUUCGUACGUUUCUGAAGCUAGAGUAAACGGUCAAAUCAGUAUGGAAUGUUCCCGUAGACCCAUCCGUUGUCCACGAAUUGAUUGCGCCAUAAAUGUAGCAUUUUCAGCGUUAACGCAUCAUUUCAUCUUCGAUCACCCAGAAGUACCCAUUUUAAAUGUGGAGCCAGGUAUUAAGAGUACGCUGAUCGUCAGUUUUAGCGCUUUGUCUUCUGAUUCCAGCCGCUGCUUGGCUCUUCUUUUAGUUUCUGGUAAACUUUCAGAUCCAGUUGCAAGAAUGUUUAACGGUAAUCAAAUGAAUCCAAAAUUCCGUAAUCGUUUGCCAUUAUCGGUAUUAGCUGCUCGAUUAAACUGUAGAAAUCAAUGUAAGAACGAUUUAGGCGAAAAAGAUGUGAUUAUCGCUUGGGUCGCUGGAUUGGAUAUUGGUAAUACCAAAGAGAAACUUCUAUGUAGCAUUCAGGCUAUAGAUAAAAUUGAUACAGAAGGCUUACGUUCCCUGACAUAUACUGGUCCGAUAAAUUCGUUAAGAACGGCACAGUGUCCUGAAGAUAUCUUUUCAACAGGUGAUUGUAUAGUUCUGCACGAGGGUCUUCUCAGUCACAUUACAUCAGAUUGUGCUACUCUCAAUGUUAAUGUUACUGUACAUUAA